GUGCUGACACCAAUAGAUAGGAAUGCAGGGGAUACCGCAGUCAUGUGCCCGAUCCUCUAUCAGCAUGGAUUUGGGAAGACCUUCGCUUGGGAGGCGAACUACGAGGUCAUCGGUGGUUUUGAGGUUGAAGACGACACCAUCAAGGAAAUCAGGAAGGAUUUCCAUCAGCACCGUUUGGAGACGAUCGGUAAAUGGAGGGUUGACGAUAGACUGGGAGCAGCCUACGUCAUCCUGAAGCAUAAGAACCUCACGCACUGGAGGCCUAUUGCACCAGCACCGGCGGACCCAGCUGCACUUGCGCAACGAAGAGUAGCGAGAGCACUGCGCUGUCUGCUUAAGCGACUCUCAGACAAUAGUACGUUCUAUCUAAACUCUAUUUCCAAUCUAGCAGGACAGUUGAAGGCUACAACGGUGAGAAUGAGAUCUGCAGGAUGCGAGCACGUAGUAGGGAGAUGCUACGACGUUAAGGACAUGUUUUCCAGGAUACCUCACGCUGCCGUUAAGGACGCGGUUCGACAACUGCUGAGGAAGUACGAAGACGAAGGGGUUAAACAGGUUAGGGUCUCCAUGAGGGGAAAGAUCUGUGCAAUUAGCUUGAAUAGGAGGAAAAUGGAUGGGUACGUGAGUAUCCCACUGAGGAGAUUGAUGGCAGCGAUAGAAUAUGAUCUAAGACAUGCGGUGGUCAAAUGCGGACAAACACUUGUGAGACAAGUGUCCGACAUUCCAAUGGGAAAGUCGACAAGUCCGAUACUAGCGUCCAUUACAUGUGCGAUGGCGGAGAUGCGUUUUUUGAGAGAACUGGGAUAUGACAGGAGACUGGUAGGAGGAUGGCGGAUCGUGGAUGACAUCACCAUUGUGGUAGGUCUCACGGCACAGGCAGUAAGCAAAGGAUACCAGGGGCAGAUUUUUUAGAAGUUCGAAUCUAUUUAUGAUAAACAUCUUGAGAUCGU